AGGACUUGAAACCUCGAAUAAAGAUGCUCAACGUCUCGGGUCGCUGGAACCUUGUCACCGGGUGAAAUUUUACUUAUCUGAAGGGUCGCACACACUCAGAGACCAGACGCAGAAGGACGACAUCGUUUCUCGGUUUCGGCGCGCGUGCACUCCACCGACAUGGAACUGAAGAAAUCUAUAUCGGACACCGAGCGCGCGCUCAGGAGCUACGGAGCUGUGUCGGAAACGGCGUGGACAACGGACAAAGGUCACUCAGAUGUGUCGAUGGCAGAGAGCACGAUGUCUCCAGAGGAGAUCGAGGUGGAGAUGGCUCGUAUCCAACGCCUGCGGGAAGUCCUGGUGCGCAGAGAGUCAGAGCUGCGCUUCAUGAUGGAUGACAUUCAGCUCUGCAAAGACAUCAUGAGUUUAAAGCAGGAGCUAAGGCAGAUUGUCGCAGUACCAGAGAAAGAAAAAACCAAGAAGCACAGGCAGCGAGAAGAGGAACUGAUCCUGAAGAUCCAUAAACUGGUGCAGAAGAGGGAUUUUCUGGUCGACGAUGCCGAGGUGGAGAGAUUAAGGGAGAAAGAGGAGGACAAAGAGAUGGCGGAGUUCCUCAGGCUGAAGCUGAUGCCUCUGGAACAGAAGCUCAAAGUCACACAGAUUCCUCCAAAGCCCAAGAGACAAAUCCCCGAGCCGCCUCCCAACAAGCCAUCCAUCACCAAGUCAGGAGCGGCCAUCAUUAAGGACUGCUGCGGAGCCACCCAGUGUGCUGUAAUGUAACUGACCCAAGCCUGCUUAUGGCCCCAACCCUGUGUCAGACACCACACUUACAUCACACGCCAUGACGUACAUCACUUCCUGUUACUCAGAGAGUCACAGUCAACCACGAAACUGUUCAGGUAUCAGAUUUGUAGCUUAGUUUGCAAGAGGUUGGGAGCUGAUCCCCGGUCGGUAUUUAAGGGAAACUUUUAUAGUAAGGAGCUUUUAACCAAGACCAUGAAAUAAAGGGAAAGGAAGCUGUGAAGAGAACUGUAAAUAAAAACUAUGUUAAAAGUGUUGAUUUAUUUAUUCAGUCAGUUUUCAGAUUGGUUAAUUCCAUCAUGACAGGUUCAAUGAGGAUGGAUCUCAUCUGCAGAGCUACAAGCACAAUGUCCAUAAAGUGAACUGAAUGCUGGGGUUCUCUGACAGGAAAAGAGAAAAGUUGAUGUCUGACGACGGGUAUUCAUUCUUCAUUUAGUCCUUAAAAUCCAACCAGUGAAUCUGUCAGUUGCUACAUUUUAUCAUUUUCCCCAGGUGGGACAAACACAGGUGGCUCUGAAAAACAAUAUGGCUUCCUGUUAAGGGACUUAUGCAAACUGAUUUAUAUAUGCUAAUGAGGAGAGGGAGCCAGUGGAUGAUUUUUCUACAAGUGCUGAGCAAUAUUCUCAAACAGCAGUUUAAUUCUUAAGGCAUUUACAAAUUAAACAAAGACUCAAUGCUGAACAAACUAAGUUGCCUCUUUUCCACUGACGUGCUGCCAGUGCCCGUGUUGAACUGAUUCUGUAUGAAAGAGACUGAUGUCAGUGCCAAAAAUCUGAUACAAUACUGUUGCCAAGCCUGAAGUUGAAACCACUAACAUCAAGGUGGAGAUACAAGAAAUAUAGAGAUUCACCUGCAGAUUCUGUCUACAGUAUCCCCCCCUCCCCACUGAAAUUACUCCAACCUUUGCUACAUAACAUCUGGUUCAUUUUCUAACCUGUGGAAAUGUCAGCUGGUUCUCAAAGGCUCUACGCAGCACGGCAUCAGUGGAAACCAGAUUUAAAAUGAGCUCAUAUUAGGCUCAGUGCUAGUUAGCAAUGUGAGUCCUAUAGGGGAUGUCCAAUUAUAUUUCUAGAAGUCUUCACAAGGACAGUUUUCUCUAUCCAAUCUGGAGUGAGAUCACUGAGAAUCAUCAAAAGAAAAACUCUUGUAUAUCAGAACAACAUUCAAAUGGAAAUAUGAUGGAUAUAAACAGGAUAUAAUAAUAGACUUCUGGGGAGUCCUCUAAAUCAAAUGUUAUAGAUGGUAGUAGAAUAAAACUGGAACAAAAAUGUAUCUAAACUUUUUCCAACACAAUUUAUAGAGAGUGCCAACUAGCAUUCAGCCUAAUGACUCACCUUUAUAGUUUUCAGGAACCCCUUUCAUGAUGACUUUAAUGCCUGUAUAUGCCAACACUUGAUCUUCCAUCAUCACACUUACCCUCCUCCCAAAAUCAGCACAUCAGUGGCCAUAUUAAGAUCUGCAUCAUCAGCUACCAGGAAGUGUUCACUGUGGUAGUGUGACAUCAUUCAUCGUCAUUCUGGAUAUUGCAGAGAAACCACAUGCAUCCUUUGAACUUAAGUCUUGCAUUUUUAAAAUGAUAAACUCCAGGAAAUGAAUGCAACUCUGCUGUAAAUGCCUCCAAUAGAUGGUGUGUGUUUGAGUGUAUUUAGGACUUUAGUGUGACUCAUGUCAAGCAAAGUGUUGCUCUUUGUCACUUUACCUUCGUUCUGAUAACCUAGCAUUCUGUAGUUGUAGUGGAUUUAUGAAGGUCCUAAUGUCAAAGUAUUGAACAAAUAUGCAGAAAAUAAGCUGAAACUACCUGUACAUAUAUGUUUAAAUAAAGAGCA